AUGAUCCGCAUACUAGAAGAUUUAGAAGGCUCACGCUCACGGGUUAUGUCGAUUUUGAUACAGAUAACAUAUAUAUACGGUUAUAAUACUUUCAGUUCGAAGACUGGAAUGGAAGUUGAUGAAAAGGAGGGUGAGUCGGGAACAAGUGUUUCAGAUGAUGAAAGACCAGGAACAAGUAUUCCAGAUGACGAAAUGAGUGAAACUGAAGAGUCGGAGAACCAUAUCUACGAAGUAUUGGGACAUGACACUUUCGUAAAUUUGAAGAAAAUCGAUGUUGUGCCCGCGUGGAUUAGACAAGGUGAAACAUUUGCGUCAGAACUGGGUGAAGAAAGUUGUGCGGAGCUUGAUUCUGUCGAAGGUUUGCAUCCUUUGCUUGCACAUCGUAUUAGAGAGCACCUCAAGAAGUGGUAUCCUGUCCAGCGAACAGUUCUUCCAUAUCUUGUAGCUGCAAGUAGCAUUUGUUCGAUUUUUCCUCCAAGAGAUUUGGUGAUUAGUUCUCCAACAGGCAGUGGUAAAACACUGUGUUAUGUAAUUCCAAUUUUAAAUGCUUUGCGUGGUUGCACAAUGAUGGGUUAUCUUUUUGCAUUAAUUGUGGCACCAGUACAGAAUCUUGUUGAUCAAAUAGAAAAGACAGCAUCUCGAAAGCGCAAAUAUAGCGAUAGCAACGCCGGGUCGUUUAAUGAACACAUAACAGAUCUAGAUUUCCCUGUCGAUUUUACGCACUUACGAUACUUGGUAGUAGAUGAAGCAGAUCGUAUGUCACAUACAGCUCGUAUCGAAUGGCUUAACGAUCUCGAAGUUGUUGCAAAUUAUAGCCAUAAUUGUGUCACAAUUGAUGAUCUUUAUAACGCAAGUUUCUUGCAAAAGAUACUGCUUUCUGCUACCUUAUCUUUGGAUGUUGAAGAUCUUCAUGAAUGGCGUCUUCGACAUCCUCGUCUAUUCAAAGCAGUGAAAGAAGAUGUCAUCGUAACGAAUGAAUUAAGCUUAAGCAGUGUUAUCAUCCCAACCUCAUUAAAAAUUGAAUAUAUUAUUUGUGACACAAAAUUUAAACCACUUGCAACAUAUGAACGAAUCGAAGGUCGAAAAAUCUUGGAAAAAGAUUUUAAUAUUCGUUAA